UACAAGAGGUGUUUUAGAUAUUGAUCCUGUGUUCCGUGGUAGUUAAACUCACUCCCCCACCUUACAGGUCCGUACCUGCUUUUACAAUUAAAUAAAGGAAAGUCGGAGGAAUUUCUUGCAAAAAUGCCCAAGAGGAAGUCACCUGAGGGAGCAGAGGCUAAAGAAGCCACCAAAGUUACAAAGCAUGAGCCCACUCGGAGGUCAGAGCGUCUUUCCUCAAAACCAGCUCCUGCUAAGUCUGAUCCAAAAUCCAAAAAGACAGCUGCCAAGAAGCCAUCCAAUGACAAAGCAGUAAAGGAGAAGAAGGGCGGAGCCAAAGGGAAGAAGGAGGAGAAAGAGCCUGCACCCACCGCAAAUGGGGAGACCAAGCCAGAAGAGGAAACUGAGACACCCGAGGCUGAGGAAAAAGAGUGAUGGAGAUUUGUUUUAUGGAAUAACAAAGAACAUUUUUUAUUCCUAUUAAGUAUUUUGUAAAACGCAACUUUUUUUAGACUUAUUGUACUAGAUUUCCUUAGCUUACACUCGCACUCCCUACUGAAGCACCAUACCUGUCUCCUUCUCUUUCAUCUGACAGAAGGAUAGAAUCAUUUUAAGAAAAGGCAACAGUUUUUCUUGAACGUUUCACCAGCAGGUCGCCUGCCAAAUGAAGCCACUUGGAAUAUGUCAAAUCCUGUAAUGUAAAACUAUCCGAUUCAUCUUUUGCCACCAUAGUAUAACUUUUAGUUCCAUGCAUGUGGUUACACAAUUGUAUGCCUUUGGUGUGUUUAGUCUUUUAGUCUUGUCAUUUAAUUGGUUGAAUUCUUUAAAGAAUGGAAAUAUGGAGAAAGCAGGGAAGAGAGAUUUACACAGUAAUGCCCAAAUUCCUGCUUUUUAUCUCGUUUGUAGCAUCAUGAGAUUCAAGUGUGUAAAACGGCUGAUUUAAACAACCCUUAACAGUUGCAUACAUCCAUAGCAAUAAACAAGCGGUGCUUUAUGCUAGAUGGUUAGGAAAAUGCUACAACAGAAUCUCAGACAAAUAUAAAAGUACAUCUAACUAGUUUGAGGUACUCUGUAAAAUGUUUUCAAAUAAAAGAUGAAUGAAAGGUC